GCUCAUCCGAAACUCUCUCUAGAAACAGUAAUUUUGGUAAUGAAUGAAAACUUGUGUCUGUCAAACACAACAUUGACAAGUGGUCGUUUUGGGAAGGGCUUAGAGCCGAUUAUCUCACCGUUACCGGUUCGAAGGGUUCACCUAUAAAUGUCCCGUUCUAGAAACGGGAUGUUCUCUAAAUAGUGAAAGCGCGAGUUAUAAAUAAGUCUAACGAAACCUAGACAGUUGAAUGAGAUCCCCUUUUUUUAUUCAGAAGUACCUGGGCGUCCUUUGAAAUGGAAUACAAAUUAGGACAAAGUGUCUACGAGCCACGUUCUAUUUUUUUAGGUUCGCUUUUAUUGUUAAAAUUAUAGAUCCAGUUAUGGUCAUUCAAGCUUUUGUUUGUGGUGUAAUUGUCAAAAUUAUGACUUGUCCGGUGCGAAAAUUUGUAGAUUAUGCUAAAACCGAAGCGGUAGUUGCUCCAGUAUUUUUUAAAAGAACAAGUUACGUUAAACCUUCUAAGGAGAUUUUUUUACAUCCGCCCAAGAUGUUGGCGAGCCACUUGUUACGAAACCGACCUCUUGGUAAGGUACUUGGCGUAUCUGGACCCGCAUUUACGUCACACGUCAAAUAUUCCCACACCAAUAUUCGAGUGCCCGACUUUACAGAUUAUAGACGAAAACCAUCCUUGGAUCUUUACAAAAAGAAUCGCGAAACUAUAGACGACCGCCAAAGCUUUACCCACGCAAUUGCCGCGACGGGUUGCAUCGCCGGCGUCGGGUUUGCCAAGUUUACCAUUUCAACGCUCGUGAUUUCGAUGACGGCCGCCGCGGAUGUGAUGGCGUUGGCAAAAAUCGAGGUGAAACUUUCAGAAAUAGCCGAAGGGCAAAAUGGAACGUACAAAUGGAGAGGUAAACCUUUAUUCAUAAAGCACAGGACGCCUAAAGAAAUCGCGACCGAACGGGCCGUACCUCUUUCCACGCUCAGAGAUCCGCAGAGCGACGAAAGUAGGACGAAGAGGCCAGAGUUCCUGGUGGUGUUGGGGGUAUGUACGCAUUUGGGAUGUAUUCCUAUUCCCAACUCGGGAGAUUGGCCCGGAGGUUUUUACUGUCCUUGCCAUGGAUCCCACUACGAUGCCUCUGGUCGCAUUCGAAAAGGACCUGCUCCUCUGAACUUGGAGGUUCCAGAACACACAUUUGUUGGCGAUGAUCUGUUAGUUGUAGGAUAAAUCUCUAAAUAAAGUAGAUUACG